GGAGUGGGUAGUGUAAAUAUGCACUGGUAAAAUCAAUCUCCAUCGGUGUACCCAAGGAUAGACUUGACGCUCGUUCAGUGCAUCGAGCUAAAGGUUCGCAAUCUCAAAUUAAUUAAAGUUAUCCGUAUUGCAGUGACUCAUUUAAACCACCUCUCUCUAUAUGUAAGUCAAGUCGCCUGGUAAAAAGUCAACGCACAAAUUUUUUUUUUGGUCUUACUACUGGUGUUAAAUGCAAUCGAAAGUGACGGUUUUCUGUGAAGAGCCUCGGGGCGAUUAAAGACCUUGUUUCCUUGUUUCACAUCUCAUUAGCAUAAAUCGAAUUUGAGACAGCACGGGAGCAGCGAGUCUAAUCUUAACAGCUAAAAGAAUAUGAAAGUAGUAGAUUACAUCCUUCGUAUUGGCCUUCCACCAAGCAUUAUCUCUCUGAAUUUAUUUUACACUUUUAGUCACGUUCCAGACUUAACGCACCUUCCCAAAUUAGACAUAUUUAUAUACAUCUGUUUGAUGCUAAUAACCUUAUUAGUCAAUAGACUUGCAGUUACUAUACAUCUGGUAGUACUUGUUGAUCCUCGGAAACAUAAUGUGGCCUUAAAAUGAUUGUGAUUAUGGGUAACUAUUAUGGUGAGCUGUGAUCUCUUAUCUGACUUUGAUUUUGAUCAGAUUCCUUCACGGGAACAAAUAACAGUUCAAAAUUUGCAAUACUUCACAGCAGUUUUGUAGCGCACUAGAAAGCAGCACCCAACUAGUAUCCGGGAGUUACGGUUCGAAUCCUGUCAAAACUUAAAUUUCUUCAGUCUUCUUUUCUCCAAUUUCAAUAAUUGUGGCUCACCUACGAGGAACUUUCAUUUUCUUGAGUGUAAGUCCAACAUGACUGGGUGUUAAAAACCCACCAGUCAGUGGAGAUGCAUUUUGGGUGGGCAUGUUUUGUACAUUUUUUGUUUGAUGCGAGUAACCGCUGGUAUGUGCCUGCGUCAGUUUCCCGCUAAAGACUAGAAGAGAAGCAGGAAAAUACGUCACAAAACAACAAUGGAUCGAGUAUUUGACAGAACCUUUCUUGUCAUGUUUCCCUCUGUACCUUAGAUGGAAGUGUCAAAGUCUUAAAAUUGUUGUGUGGUGUGCGGAUGGAAGUGAUUAACAAGUAUGCAAACGACUUCUGGUCUUGUUUUAUGAUUGUUUGAGCGAUCGAUGUCAAUGAUGUUAUUUAUGAAGGAUGUAAGAGACUUUUCGAAGGGCGUAGACGUAUUGGAUAGUGAAAUUAGUGUGACCAGUAAUAAUUAAAUAAGUUAAGGUAAGCUGCGUGGAUAGAGCAAAAGACUGAUAGUUUAAACCAGUAGUAAGCUUCUGGUACUAAUAACAAUUUUUUGAAUUUCAGCUUGCCACAGUAAAUGUCACAGCUCUCCGUUCUGUCAAUAGCACCAACUCUAUGUAUUGUCGUCACUUCACAUCUCCCUUAACAGCAGAAAACAUAAAAGUUAAUUCCUAUCAUCAAUCUCAAUUACUGAAGAAAUAAAAAUUGAAGGAUCAAGACAUAUCUAGCAAAUUGAAAUGCAAAUCAAACUGGGUUGAAUACAUUUAAACCUGAAAUUCGUUUUAAAAUACUACAGAAAUAGUGGUAGUCAACAUUCCAGAGAAAGAAAGAGUUCCAGUCCCUUGAGUAGUUAUCAACUGGUUAUCCCUAGUCUCAUACUUUUUUAGAACCAGAGAAAAUUUGAUUACGUUCAUCUGCGAACUUCAUUGGGGGAGUGGGCGUUCAGCAUUCUGCUGAAACGAACAAGACAGAAUGAAGCUGACGCCAUUCGUUUCGAGUAACACAUGAACAUGAAGAAAACGAUACCAGUAUAAACUCAUGCGACAAAGCCCGCGUAUUUUUUUGAGGUGAAUGAACUGGUUAGACCGAAAGCUAAAUAAACAAUGAACUGACAGUGGUGAGGGACUGGGGGGCCAUAUGAUAAAUAAGUUUUACCGACGUUUUUCCUCUAGUUAGCACUUCAAACCCAAAUACUAUUUGGGCUUGAAUUAGAAAAAUUCCCACCAGAACACAGGAAAAAAAAUAAGAUAAAAGCUAAGAUGACCGAGGCAAGACCAUAACUGUCGUUAAGACACAUGCCUACAAACCAUAUACAACAGACUUGAAGCACUAAAAGACUAGAGACGGUCGUGAGCCAUUACUUGGAAAAUCCACCUAAACCUUCUUAAAACGAGUUCGUCAGAAGUUGUAAUAAGAGCAAUGCAAUCCUGAAGCGUUGUGUCUUAUGUGACUACAAAGAGAAAGAGAAGAAGCUUGGGGCCACCUCGAACUUAACGCAAUUUAUUUCAAAGUUGAAGUAAAAUAAGAUCAAAUCCUAAAUUAUCUUCUUUCACCGUAACAAAUAUCUCACGAUCGUCUUCAAAAAAUUAAGACAUCAACAUCCUAAGACAAACCUUAAAGGUUUGUUGUCUCAUGUGCACAUCUUGAUCUUCAGGAAACCGAUGAGUAUCCACAGAGUUAGAAAUGGUGGUAAACUCGGCAUAUUCUUUCAUCCCUCUUCAAAAAUUAUUUGGAAGAGGUGGCCAUAGCCCAGUUGAAAAUACGCAGAAGCGCGCUGAAACGGGCAAAAUUUGAAUUAAUUUCGCGCAUACGCAGACAAAAUGCCUCUCCACUCAACCAGUCACAGUGGAGCGUUAUCCUCUCUUAGGUGACACUAAACCAGUCAAUCACUCGACCGAAACGUCACAAUUCAUGUGGCAAAAGAUAAUACUCCAGUGAUGUUGUUUUAAUGAAGGACAAUUUCGUAUUUCAUACGAUAUAAGCGCAAGAUAUUGUUUGUAAUUUGCAUUUGAGUUCAAUCUGAUGAUAGCUUUUCCAUGAAUCCCUUCUCGUUUUCUCUUUUCUUUGACUUGACUUAUCAAGUUUCCUUAUCGUCAGAAUCACGAGACUCGAAAGUGAACAGGAGAAGAAGGAAAGGCAGAUUAUAGAAAUAGCGAGAGAAGAAAGGGAAAAGUGAGUGCCUACCAGAAGCUAACCCUUGUUGGCAGGGUUUUGAACAGUUAAAAAAUUUAGGCUUUUGAUUUAGGACUGAACACUUACGGCACAGGGAAGGAUUUUCCAUGAUGAAGGAAUGGUUUAAGAGUCAUUGGUAAUUGUUCGGUGUAAAUAAUUUACCUACAAAUGAUGAUGGUGAUUUUUAGACAGCAGAUAAACACUGUAUUUAUGAAGUUGACUGUUAUGUUUAUGUCGUCUUUGGUUAACGUUAUCAGUGAGUGAUUGAAAUGAGAUCUUUAAUUCUUUAUUGCUAGAACUGAAGGCCUGACAAAUGAACAUCAGAAGGAGGUCGAUGAAUUGUUACGCGAAAUACAGGCAAUGAAAGAAAAGUAAGUCUAUAUCAACUUUCUGAUUUAAUCAGUAGAAUCGGCUUGGAAUAAACAAAAAUUGAGUCUUGUAUUCCAGUUUUAGCUUCCGUAUUUGUUAAUUUGUAUUUGUUAAUAUCUUGACGCGUUUGAAGUCAAUUUGUGUUGAGUCUAUUUAAAGCGGAUUUUAUAAAAAGGAUUUCACUCAUUAGUGGUGGUUACACACACCUUGGGUUUGGGGCCCUACGGAGUGUAAAUGGCUUUGGUUUGGUUAAGCUCAGGUUUCAUGUUACCCUUGGGAUGCAGUUACACAGUAAAAGACUUCCCUCAGGGUCAAAUAAAAUUAGAUAUGAGUUCACUGUCCUAAAUAUAACAAUCCAGCAGUUUUUUACGAGAAGACACCGCAGAAAGCGCGAUAGCUAAAUUCUUCUUUAUGAUUGGCCAAGCUACCUCAGGGAGCAGAUAAACCGUACUUUUCAGCUCAGGAACUGUCAUGAGAAGUUCUUUUGUUCUUUUUGAUGUAUCCAUGGAAAUAACCCUAGGGUAGUUUCGGUCUGGGGAAAGUGGUUACACACAAAAACGUCCAUGCUCGUGGGAAAACGCUAUUUACCCAUGGGUAAAAGGGCUAGUGUAACCACGACUAUUCUUGGUCUUUUUUAAAGGUUAUUGAAGAAAGGUGACUAUAUUCAGAAAAUGUAUGAGGACUACAACAAGAAUCUUGCAGAUCAUAAAUCCAGGUUUGAAUGCCAAGUUAGAUAUUAAAACAAUGAUACUUGGUAUUUUUCUUGCCAUUGGUAAACGCAGGCACAAAGCGAAAUGAUUACUGUUGAAUAUAAAACAUUUUAAUAUAUCACUGCUCCGGAGGCAAAUAAUCAGUGUAGGCGCAAGAAUUUGUAUUAUCAUUUUUUGUUAGUGUUGGUGUUUCAUAGUUUCGUGUUAGGUGUUUAUUUUCUCGUCUUCAUUAGUGUCCUUUGUCAGUUACCAGUUUUGUACUUGUUAUAUUUAUUUGCAUAUAGUAUAUAUAUUUUUCGCGCGUAAUUUAUUUGGUUAGUUGUCUAGUUUGCGAAAAUUAUCGUUACAAAUUUAGCUCUGGGUUUCAUGUUUUCGUCUUUGGUUUGGUCACAUUCGUCUUGUAAGUGUCUUUGUUUAUUUCGCUUUGUCGUUUUCCAGUACUUUCACUUUCAUGUAAGUUAUUUUAUGCUCAUUCGCGUAUUUGUAAUUUUGUUAUUUUCAGUUACCGUAUUCAACAAUGUGUCAAGUUUGUUCUAGUAAAGUUUGAAAUACGAGUGAUUAGCGUUUGCGGCUAUAAUCAGAGCCUUUUAUUUUUUUGAAGAGUCCGUAUUCAGCUACAUCAUCGAAAGAGAAAUUUUGAUUGUUUUCGUGGAAAUGUGUAAUUGGGUUGCAGAGAAAUCUUGCCAGUGUGUAUUUUAGGCGCUUAGAAUUCGUUCUAGUAAUACAGAAAACCUAAAUUUUUGGUACAUACGAGCUCCUGCCCAUUUGAGUGAGUUACCAUAUGUACUGUUAAAAUUACUGUGCGCUAAGAAUUAAUUGUGGUAGUACAGAAAGGUUAAAUUUUUGGUAGGCAACUAAAUCAGGACAAUGUUGAGUACAAAAACACACGAGAUCAGAGUGAGUUGUUUUGCUUUUCAAUCUCUUUUCACAGAAAUGACACUCUUCUUAAGGAAAAAGAGGAGGAAAUCGCGAAAUAUACUGAGAUGUAAGUUAGUAGACAAAAUGUAACUCAACUAGUUUUGUAGAUGCCGUGCUCAACCCAUGAAUGUUAAUACAAGAGAAAUACACUGUUCAAGGUCCACGCAAAAUGACAGUGCACUUUAAGCAAAUAUUGAUUUAAGGCUGGAAUUCUUGCCCCAGAGCACUCGUUCUGAUGUGUAUCUGUGGGGUCACAUGAUCGCCGUUUCACGUGAGCAGAGCAUAAUUGAAGGUGGCGUGACAUUCUUACUCUGUAGCAUUUCUAGGCUUUUGCACACGUUUUUGUUUCUCAACUAACACACAUUCAGAUUCUCAGAUUUGGCUAAUCAUUGCGAACCUUUCCAUUCUGUUAACCUUAGCUGGGUUUUAAGUCGCGUAGAAAGGUAUGAGCGUUGUGUGUUAGCCAAACAACUUCAUAAAAUUCGCUCUCACGCUUGUUUCAGGACCUUUAAGAAUAACUUACUUAAAUGCAGUGGCCUAUAAAUACAGGCGUUUAGUGUUUACUUAUAAAACUCCCCGGAGAAGUCUAUGACAAUUCAAUAAAUCGCGUCGGAAAUUAAGGCAAGUUUUACAACAAAUAUUCGCAGAGUGCUGCUCAGUUGUUUAGCUUUUUUAUUAUUUUUCAAAUGGUGCCACAUACUACCCAUUUUUCAGAGUAAAUGCUAAGAGUGCGAUUUCAGUUGGUUUUAUUCACAACUGUGCUGUAUAUGAAUAAGCUCUUUUUUUUCUUAGGAAUCUGAAACUCAAAGAGGAAUUUAAGCAGGAGGAAAAAGAGGCAAAGAAGAAACUUAAAGAGCAAGAGGAAAGGUCAGUUCUAAAAUCAUGUGAUUUUAUUAUUUUUUUACAUUUCACUGUAUUUUCAUAACGUCUUACUGCUAUAAACCGAAUUUGAGACAGUACAGGAGUAACGAGUGUAAUCUUAACAUGCAAAGACCAUGAGUAUCUACAGAGUUAGAAAUGGUGGUAAAAAAUUAUUAAAAAAAGGUCGAAAUACCGCGGAAGCGCGCUGAAAACAUCAGAAUGGCGCCGAACGGGCAAAAUUUUGAUUAAUCUCGCGCAUGCGCAGACAAAAUGCCUCUCGUGCGUUAUCCACCCCUAGGUGAUACUAAACCAGUCAAUCACCCGACCAAAGCGUCAUCAUUCACUUGUUCAUUUGGGAAGAAAUUUCAUUGGGAGGCAAAAGAUUAAAGAUUGGAUUAAAGUCAAAAGAUAUAUCUCAAGCCAACCAUCUUAAGCAGCUUGUAACUUUCAAAAAUAGAGACUCAGGCACGUUGGACUGGUUUUUUUUACAAAUAGACCAAAGUUGUUCAGUGUAUCGCAAUUGCCCAAAGUUGCAUCAUCUGAUCAUUAUACCAUCUUGGCCAGACCAAUAAUAUCAUCCGAACACAAACCGGUCAUUAAGAAAAUAGAGUCACGCGAUAUGCGCGAUACUGCAUGGCGUGCGCUGGGGCGCUGGAUGACCGAGAAGGAAAGGUACUCGGUUCUUAAUACUGAGUCUUGUGAAGACAAGUUCAGGCUGUUAAUGAUGGAACUUACUUCUGCUAUUGAUUCCUUCCUUCCGCGAAAAAUAGUUAAGAAACACCCAACUGACCGUCCCUGGAACUUUAAAAAACCGAAAUCUUGGAUUCGUAAAAGACAAUCUGCAUUUCUUAGACAUGGAAAGGACUCUUCGAAUUACAAAUUUUGGAGGAACAAGGUCCAGGGUGAGGUAAAAAAAGCUAAAAAUCAUGAUAAAGUUGCUCAAGUGGAAUCCACUCAUUCCAGUAAGUGGUGGAGGCAAAUAAAGUCACUCACAGGCCAAGACAUUCAGCAGGAGUGGUACCAUCAGUUUCUUGGGGGUACCAUGAAUACCAAAUUACUUGCAAAUAAGAUUAAUGAGUUUUUUGCAAGUCUUAUAGACCAUUUUACACCUUUGACCCGAGAUUCUCCCCCAAGCCUGGUACCAAAGGAACCUUUUUGUUUCCAACGAGGAAAUAUUCCGAUCCCUGUCAUCGCUUAAUGUUGCGAAAGCUGUGGGACACGACAACAUCCCAAAUAAACUGCUUUAGGACUUUGUGCACGAGCUAGCUCCUGUCAUUUGAAACAUCUAUAACCAGUCUCUUAAGGAGGGAUACAUCCCAUCUCUUCUAAAAUCUUCCAUCGUCAUCCCAAUCCCGAAGGUAAACCCACCAAGAGAAAUAAAGAGCGAUCUCCGCCCGAUAUCGCUCACGUGUACACUGGCAAAAGUCAUGGAGGGAUUCACGUGCAAUAAACUACUGCCACUAUUGCAUGGAAAAAUCGACCCGCGACUGUUUGCGCGUAGAGGCCACUCGACAACAGAUGCUCUUCUAUACAUGUUACAAGCCAUUUACGAGGCAGUAGAUUGUGCUGAUCAAGGAGCCCGGGUCUUCUUCGCUGACCUCUCGAAGGCUUUGAUCUGAUUGACCAUAACAUCUUAAUGACUGAGUUGCGAAAACUAGAGGUUGAUCCUGCGCUCAUCAGUUGGAUUGCGGCGUUCCUAACAGACAGAAAGCAGGCUGUAAGAAUAGGUGCAGUACUAUCAGAUUGGAGACUCCUCAAGGGAGGUGUGCCUCAGGGAACUAAACUAGGAGUGAUACUUUUCACAAUAAUGACAAACAAUCUUUUAGCUGAUUGGCAUUUGAGAGUCAAGUUUGUGGAUGACACGUCUGCCAUAGAAAUACUACCUAGGAACUCUAUCAGUCUGCUCAAUUCGAUUUUAUCUGACAUUCACAAAUUCUCUAUGGGUCACAACUUGAGACUAAACCCUAUUUAAUGUAAAGAGAUGUUAAUUAACUUUAUGUUAUAUCCUAACUUUACUCUCAGACCAUUAGUUGUUAGUAACAACUGCGUAGAACGUGCAUCGACUUACAAGAUUGUAGGAGUAUUUAUUGAUAGCGGCCCUAGGUGGAAUAGUCGUAUUGACUACAUAUAUAAAAAAGCUUGCAAGAAGCUUUACUCUUCGUAUUCUACGUCGAGCCGGCGUUGACCAAGCUAGCAUGUUAAAGGUAUAUAGAGGCUCUGUUCGAUCUCUUCUGGAGUACGCCGUGCCGGUGUGGCAAUCCAUUCCAGGUUAUCUGUCUGACAAAAUUGAAUCCAUACAGAAAAGGACGCUUAAGAUAAUUUUCUCGUGUGCUGAUUGUUACUCAGAUGCCCUCGAGUUAGCACGGGUGAAAACUCUUGCGUAUAGAAGUAAUAAUAUAUGGAAAGAGUAUAUGUACAAAAUGAAGGACUUAAACCACCCUCUUCAUCCUCUUCUACCAACACGCCUAGACAAUACUUGCCCCUACACCCUAAGGCACAAAUCAGACCAGCGGUACUUUUACAGGAACGUUACUACCUGUAGAACGAAGCGCACCGAAGACUUUUUCACUUUUAAGUAUUUGAAAGUAUUUUUAACAAAUGUGAUGCAUGUUCUGGUGUGGUGUGUAUAAUUUGUACUUAAUAUAUACAGAAAUGUACAUAGCUGAUCUUAUUAAGUUUUCAUUGUAUUAUAAAUCAUUCAUCAAGCAAGUUACUGCAAGAGAGUUUAAUAAACUGUUAUUAUUGUUAUUGUUAUUAAGAUAAUACUCCAGUGAUGUUGUUUUAGUGGAUGAAAAUAAUAUUUAUUAUGAUACAGGCGCAAAAUUUUGUAAUGAGCAUAUUGAGUUCAAUCUGAUGAUACCUUUUCCAUGAAUUCCUUCUCGUUUGGUGUUUUCUUUGACUUUGACUUGUUAAAAAUUCUGUUUGCUUAUCGUCAGAAUUGCGUUACUCGAAGGUGAGCAGGAGAAGAAGGAAAGGCAGAUUGUAGAAAUAGCGAGAGAAGUAGAGGAAAAGUGAGUGCUUACCAGAAGCUAAACCUUGUUGGCAGGAUUUUGAACAUUUUGUAAGUUUAGGGUGACUCUGAAGCCCUUUCCAGAAGAGACGAAGUGAUGAUUUAGGAGUGCGAGCUGAUUAUUUAGUGCAAGGAAGAAUGUUUUGUGAUUAAGGGAUAGUUUAGCAGUCAUUGGUAAUUUUUCGGUGUAAAUAAUUUAUCCACAAAUGAUGAUGGUGAUUUUUGACAGCCGAUAAAUAUGCCAUGUCUUCUUUGAUUAAAUCGGUAUCAUCGAGUGAUUUUACGUCUAAAAUGAUCUCUUUAAUUGUUUAUUAUUAGAACUGAAGGCCUGACAAAUGAACAUCAGAAGGAGGUCGGGAGUUUGUUACGUGAAAUACAGACAAUGAAAGGAAAGUAAGUCUAUAUCAACUGCCUGAUUGAAUCAAUAGAAUCGGCUUGGAAUAAAAAAAUUGAGUCUUGAUUUUCAGUUUUAGCUUUGUGUUGUGUUAAUGUACAUUUUUUACACAUUAAGAUCGAUUUUACUUAACCGGUACCUCUAGAGUUGGACAGGGUUCUUGAUAACAAUUUUCUUCGACGAAGCUGCAGUCAUUCACCGCAAAAACCUGAUGCGUUUGAGGUCAAUUUGCGUUGAGUCUAUUUAGAGCGGAUCUUACAUAAGAUUUCACGCCUAAAAACAGAAUUUCAAUCAUUCCUUGACUGAUCUUAAAGGUUAUUGAAGGAAAGUGACUAUAUCCAGAAAAUGUAUGAAGACUACAACAAGAAUCUUGCAGAUCAUAAAUCCAGGCUUGAAUGCCAAGUUAGAUGUUAAAACAAUUAUUCUUAGUAUUUUUCUUGCCAUUGGUAAAAGCAGACACAAAGCGAAAUGAUUAUUGUUAAAUAUUGAUCAUUUUAAAAUAUCUAUUGCCUCAGAGGCAAAUAAUCAGAGCCAAGAGUCUGUAUUCAGCUAAAACAUCGUAAGAGCAAUUUUGAUUGUUUCCGGGUGGAUAUAUGUAAUUAGGUUGAAGAGAAAUCUCGCCAGUUUGUAUUUUGUGCGCUAAGAAUUAAUUCUGGUACAGAAAGGUUAAAUUUUUGGUGGGCAACUAAAUGGGGACAAUGAUGAGUGCAUUUGAGCUUCUGCAUAUUUGAGAGGAUUACUAUAUCUACCGAUAAAAUUUACAGAAACAUUAAAACGAGAUCAGAGUGAGUUGUUCCGCCUGUAAAUCUCUUUUCACAGAAAUAACACUCUUCUUAAGGAAAAAAAGGAGGAAAUCACGAAAUAUACUAAGAUGUAAGUUAAUAGACAUAAUGUAACUCACCUAGUUUUGUAGAUUUUGUGCUCACCCCACAAAUCUUAAUACGAGUAAAAGACUCUGUUCAAUGUCCACGCAAAAUGAAAGUGCACUUCAAACAAACAUUGAUUUAUUGUUGGAAUUCUUGCCCCAGCAGCCCCCGUUCUAAUGUGUAUCUCUGAGGUCACAUGACCGCCAUUUCAAGUGAGCAGAGCGUGAUUGAAGGUGGCAUGACAUUCUUACUUUGAAGCAUUUCUAGGCUUUUGUACACGUUUUUGUUUCCCCUCUGAAAGACAUUCAGAUGCUCAGAUUAGGCUAAUCAUUCCGAACCUUUCCUUUUUAUUACCCUUAGCAAGGUGUUAAGUCGCGUAGAAAGAUAUGAGCGUUGUGUGUUAGCCAAAAAAUUUCAUAAAAAUCUCUCUCACGCUUGUUUCAGGACCUUUAAGAAUAACUUACAAAAAUGCAAGGGCAUAUAAAUUCAGGCGUUUAGUGAAACUUCCCGGAGAGGUCUAUGACAAUUCGAGAAAUCGUGUCGGAAAUUAUGUCAAAUUUUACAACAUUCAUUCGUUUCGCAGAGUGCUGCUCACUGGUUUAGUUUUAUUGGGAUUUCUUUAAAUGGUGCCACAAUACGACCCAUUUUUAAGAGUCAAUACAAAGAGUGCGAUAUAAGUUGAUUUUAAUCAUAAGUUUUUUCCUAGGAAUCUGAAACUCAAAGAAAAAUUGAAGAAAGAGGAAAAAGAAGCAAAGGAGAAAAUUAAAGAACGAGAGGAAAGGUAAAUUCUCAAAUUAUAUAAUUCAAAAUUUGUUUACAUUUUAUUAUAUUUUUAUAACGUCUCACUGCUAUGAAUUGAAUUUGAAACAGUACUGGAGCAACGAGUCUAAUCUUAAUUGCCAAAAGAGUAUGAACGUAAUAGACUAAAUCCUCCAUAUUGGCCUUCUUCCAAACUUUUAUUCACGUUCUUAACUUGACAUACUUUCCGAAAUCAGACAUAUUUAUAUAUAUAUCUGUUUGGUGUUAAUAACCUAGUUAACAAUUAAUUAGUUAACAGACUUACAAUUACUGUGUAUGAUUGUGAUUAUGGGUAACUAUAACGCUGACCUCUGAUCUCUUAUCUGACUUUGAUUUUGAUCAGAUUCCUUCAAGGGAACAAAUAACAGUUUUCAAUACUCUCACAGCAGUUUUGUAGCGCACUAGAAAGCAGCACCCAACUAGUAUCCGGGAGUUACGGGUUCGAAUCCUGUCUUAACUUAAAUUUAUUCAGGCCUCGUUUCUUCAAUUUCAAUAAUUGUAGCUCACCCACGAAGAAUUUUUAUUUACUUGAAUAAUCUGCGAGCAUCACAGUGCACUUCGACUAAAAAGUCAUUUCGCAAGGUAGGAGCAUUCUACUGAAGCGAACAAGACAGAAUGAAACUGAUGCCAUUCGUUUCGAGUAACACGUGAACAUCAAGAAAACGAUACCAGUUUAAACUCAUGAGACAAAGCCCACGUAUUUUUUUUUUUAGAUGAAUGAACAAGUGAGACCGAAAGCUAAGUAAACAAUGAACUGAUAGUGGUGAGGGAUUGGGGGGCCAUGUGAUAAAUAAGUUUUAUCGAAGUUUUUCCUCUAGUUAGCACUUCAAGCCCAAAUAGGCAAUUAUAAAAAUUCCCAAAAAGAACACAGCAAAAAAUACAGUAGACCCUAACUCAACAACAGUCAAUUGAUGACAAGUUAGGGUUAAUGUUGGAUUAGGGUAGGGGUAGGGGUAGGGGUAGGGGUAGGGGUAGGGGUAGGGGUAGGUGGGCAGUUGCCCAGAUACUGAUAUUGAUCCUAACAUUUUGCCAGAAGCAUUUGCACGGUCUAAACUCCAUUUUGACUAAGCAUAUGAAAGAGAGGAGCUGAACUUUUUUUCAUUUGUAUCAGUACGUCACGGGCUGCAAUUGAACAACCUCUCCCAUACAAGAAUAAGAUGGCUUGGAAUUACAGUACUCAAGAUGAUAACGAAUGGAAUAAUUGUAUUUUGUUUCGCCUAAGUGUAAUAAAUUUUGCUUGUUUCGCCGCGUACUCAGUUUUGUUUGUUUUACUCUUGUUUCAGGGAGAAAGAGCUGAAAGAGAAAUGCAAAGCCCUUUUGGAAAGUAAAGAUGAAGAGUUGAGGGAAAUGAAAAUGAGGUAUUUACGAUUUGCGCCCGAGGUAUGCAUUUAUUAUUCUGUGGAGUUGGAUGGUUACCAUUAUUCUGGAUUUCUCCGUGACUCAAGCUAAAGGUCAAAUUCAUACCGCAAUUCGCUUUUAUUUUUUAAUAUGGGAACGAAGAAGUAGCAAAUUAAAUUUCUGACAUUCUAGAUAAAUAAUCCGUAAUUGUAUCGCCACAUUGGAUUCAUAAUUUCCCACUUCUGGAAACAACAAUUGUAGAUGUCUGUUUAAAUUCUGCUUACAACGCAGAAUUCUCAUACAGCCUUCAAAGUUUUCUAAUAAUCGUUAUUUGCUCGAAUGUAAGUCCUUCUACGUGCGGUCAUCAAGUAAAAAAACAUGUUAAUCAGAGGGAGCAGCAGAAAUUGAGCCCACGUGUUUCUGUUUUAGACCAAAAGCUCCUUCUUUUUUAAUCCUCCGCUACUAUCAUGUUGUUUACCAUCGGGUUUCCCAAAGAUUUUGUGAAGACAAAAUUUCUGAGAUUUCUGAUGAAUGCAAAAAAUAUUUUGUCAAACUAGUGCGACUGAGUGCUGGCUAUUUAACAAUGUAGAGGCAAUGGAAAUUGGUUUACUUUUCCGACCUUGCUUUUUCUUUUUCCCAAGACUGGCUCAUCCUAGUGAAAAACUGGUGAGAAAGGAUCAGAGAAAGGUGGAAGACACGGCGGCAGCAAAUAGACCCUCGAAAGUGGAAGAAGACUUCGCUAAUUUUUUCGACAACGAGAGAAUGGACGCGAUAGAAAAAAUGCAAGCCGUUUAUGGAUCUGAGGAAGACAACGACAUCGGUAUCUCUUACCAUCGACUAGCCUGCAUGAUAUUCGAGGUGAGAAAAAUCGAUAAAUAUUCAUUUUGUUCUCUUUUUUACCACAGCUAGAAAGUUGCAAUAUUUUUAAUAUUACUGAUUAUGGCUGGUUACUGUCGUAACCCUUCAAAUCAAACUUCUAGGAACACUUGUGAAUUUUUUUUCCUGAAAGGCGGCCUACGAAAAGACGACCGAGGCAAAGGACUCAGCACUUCAUGUUUUCAGAGAAGCAAUCAAUGAAAUGAUUAACAAAGCUGCGGAACUGGGAGAAGAUUACUUGCGUUCGGUAAAGGUAUGCAGUAAAUUCUUAUACUAAAGCUGGCAAAAUAAGCUCUAUCUCGUUAAUCCGGCUGAGAUAAUAGUUAUAACUCAUGUUCCUUGUCAGGUUAAAUCAAUACCUAAUUUUUGGUAAAUGAUAGAGAACCAAAUCCAAAAUGAAUGGUUUUCUGUGCCUUUUUCGAGAACUACCGUCAUGGUAAGACAUGGUAAGAUUGAAACAGUGAUCAAGUAGUUUAUAAAGUUCGGUGUUAUUGUUAAAGUUGUCUUUUGUUCCUAAAAAUUUGACCCUUUCAUUUCACUACUAAAUGAGUUUCACGGAAGUCUUGUAAGGCUAUUGUGCAAGAAUCUGAUAAUAAAUAAUUACAUCGUAUGAACUGCUCGUGCGUUUCGUACUUUCGUUUUGUACUUCAAAAGGAUCAUCCUUUUCGUAUCACUGGACUCUACAAAACGUUAUCGGGUUUUCUUCCAUUUAAAGUAAUAAAGAUGAACAGUGCUUGCUUUGUCCCUUUAUAACAGAGAUAAUCGCGGGACAAGUAUCGAAAGAGACGCGGUUAGUGCUCAAUAACUGUCCGGUGAUUUUGCACCACGCGACGUAAAGUAGCCAAUAGAAUCGCACGCAAAUUAAAGCAUGGGUUAUCAAGAACCAUAACCAACGUAUAUAACCAAGUGUAACAAAAUAUUUUGCUCGAGCUUUAAAAUUUCCAGUUUAAUUCUCGUCUUUUUUACUCUGUCAUGUGUUAAUGAAGUUCAAGCUAUCGUCACAUAAAGUCAGUUUGAAGAUACCAAUGUACAGCCAGGAAUUGAAGUACCCGACCGAGGUUCUAGAUACUCUCUUGCUUUCCUUGAAAGAAACUGCGCCCCUCUGCAGCCUUGAGUUCAUGAAAGAGGUAUGUUACAAAUGGCUAUAUAGUAAACUGCUUUGAAUUCCCAUUCGAUUCUUAUAAAGCCUCCUAUCAUCUUAUACAGCUCAUAUCGUACAAAAAGGGAAAGUCCCUUAAAGACAUGCUUGUGAGAUCAAAAAUAUGAUUGGAAGGCGAUAAUCCCACGUGACCACAAAGCCAAAUGUGGAGUCCGUGUCAGUCUGUCUUUACCCUUAUUUUUAUGCCGAUAUCAUUUGGAUACCUAGCAUAUCAGCUGGUGAUCAAAUUCGCUGCGAUCGGCGAAUAAAAUCGCCAAGUGCAGUGUCACCAGUUUAACUAACUUCGUAUUCUUGGUCCGCACUGUAAGUUACGAAACCUCGUUUUUGCUGCCCUAAGUAGAUUUGAAUGGAAAAAAAAACUCUAUUCCUAACUUACUGUACUGACCUCGAACUUGGUUAGUAAGAAGUAGUUUCUCUUUACACUUGUCUGGUCCGUUUCGUUAAGCUUGCAAUGAGGUCUUAGACCCUCUAAAAUACCUUAAAAAUGACCUCAAACCAGCUUUUUAAAUUGGUGAGAGCUGGCCACCCCGGGUGAGAAUCCAAAUCACCGCCUGUGUCCCAAUUCUGUUCGGCCAGGGAGCUCUUAGCAAGUUCAAUAGAACUGAAACUUAAAAUUAAAAGUGCAAACGAACCAGAAUGUGUGAUCAAUGAAAGAAAUUGCCGAAAGAAAGAAAGAAAAUUGUAACGAGGCAUUUAUUAAUGGGCAUUGAUGAAGAUGGCGAGUUGAAUAUUUAUGCUAAUCUUACAAAGUCGAGUAUGAUGGAAAAUUAGGCGGCCAUGGUGUAUACUGACUUAUAAAAGACAAAUACGAAACGAACAUUGCUGUUAGGUAGAAUGACUAACCUGGGUUGGAUUUUGUGUCAGUGUUUAAAUGAAGGAAUUGAAAAAAUCUUAGCCUUUUCAGCCACUUCAACUCGAGUGUCUAUAAUGGUUACCUGACAAUGGAGUUGAUUCGACUUAACUACGUUUUCUCACCUAAACACUCGAAACAUUGGAUUGCGAAAGGGUUACCCUUGUUAGUGUGACUAAUAAUCGUCUUGAGUUCGUGAGGUCCUCUUCGCAUAUACGAAUCAGAGUCGAUUUGUAGCCCGCGUAAAACACCACAAAGAGUACUUAGGAGAUAACACUUUACACGUUAUUGCGUGGUUAAGGCCUCAUACAGCGAGCUUUCGUGGACCAAUGGUUAGGAAAUGCUUGCAGAGUACAUCAAGAGAAUAUCCUAUGAGCAGUUUUUCUGUUAUAUGUAAGAAAGAUCACACUAUGAUCCUGUUCUCUUUUAACUUUUAAUUUUGAAGAACAUGUAUUCCCAAACAAACAAAGUUGACCUCUUUAGGCUAUUUGGCCAGUGUACACCAGGUUUCACUUGUAAUUGGCACAAUAUUGCGUCUUUUUCAGGAUGUUCAGAAAAGAGUCAUAGAAAAGUGGACAUCAUGGCUCGCCAGCGAAAAAUCAUGUAAAUUCUCUUUCUCCGAUCAUUUGCUGUUUCAACUCAAGGACUACAUUAAGGCGUGCAUCCUGCUAACUUGGCGUAUGGUCGUCCAGGUUCCACCCAUGCAACUGGAGUAUAAGUGUACCACUUUAAAAAAUUUCCAUAUGAAGGUGGGAUACCAUAGUAGUCCAGAGAUGUGUUCGAGGCCCCCUCCAAAUGGACAAGGCGCCGCCGAUGAUGAGAUUGCUUGUUAUUUGUGGCCAGCACUCUUAGACGGAAGAGGACGAAUCAUCCGACGUGGAGAAGUCCUUUGUAAAGUGAAAGCCGAAGCGGUAUAGAAACUGAGUUGAAAUUGGUGUAACAAGGAUAAAUAAUUGACACUGAAUGGCGGAAAAAUGACGAGGCUUCUAACCCUCCAAAUAUUAAUCGAAUAGUACAAAUACAGCGCUGUCCCUUAUUCGAAAUUGUUUUGAAAUGUUGAUAAAAGUCUUUUUUACUUAAUUUUUUUUCACUUGAAAUAUCAAGUAAAGCUCCUCUGAACGAUGAACACAUGAUAUCUUUGAUGGUAAAUGUAACUCUAAUAAAGAUACCUAACUUUGCCCUUACCUCUUUCAGGAAGAAUUUGCUUAAAAACGUAGCAGGAUUCAAUAUAUCAUUCUAGAUCUAACGCAGGAAGUGUAGGAGCUGUUUUCUUACAGGUUAUUACAAGAAUGAAGAGUUAUAAUAAUUGAAGCACAAAAUUCGAUAUUUCUUUUGUUUUUGAAAUAGCCCAGUCCUCUACGUGAACAAGUGUGGACUUUUAUUUUAGCAGAAAAGAAAUAAUUUAUAUCCAAUUUAUCAGCCUCAAUUGAAGGCCAAUAGAUUAGCCGUUUACUCUUGCCCAAUACUGAGGCUUUAUGGGGAAUUACCUGUGGAAAGAGGGCUGAAUUUACGGACAAAUUUAACUAAGUGCAUUCUCGGGAGGAAUUUCGGAAAGAAAUUUGUAGAAUUUUGUUCUAAUUGCUGCUUUCUCUUGUUUCCUUUGAGAAAAGUGCCAUAUCUUUGGCUUUUUCAAAUCAAAC